CCAGAUUCUUUUCUCGUCCUUAGGCGGCGAGGGCCAAGUCCAGUCCACAGCCAUGGCUGCGGCGUUUCUGUUGCCUGGCUCCGGCAAAGCACCACUCACAGUGCUCUCCGGUACCUGCCCAACUGCUCAAACGUCCACCUUCUUCUUCUACAACGACAUCAGAUGCCCUGGAAAUCAGUUCCAGUCCCAUAAUCGUCAACAACGCCGGCGUUUCAUCCCAAUUGCCUCUUCUUCAUCAUCAUCAUCGUCAUCGCCUUCCUUCAGGAACGGAGGAGGAAGAAUACCACCAGGAACGGAAACAGAUUGUCCCGUCCCAGUGGACCAGCAACCCGUGAAGGAGUACCAGAGCCUAGCCACCUCCUUCCCUUUCUCUUGGGCAACUGGAGACUUACCCGAUUAUAGCUCUCGUCUCUUCCUCACAGGGGCUUCUUUCGCUCUCUUCGUCGGACUCCCUGUUACUUGGUUGGGCGUCGUUCAUCCUGAGUCCCAGCCCCUCAACUGCGUUCUCGGCGCCGCCUCCAGUGGCGUCGUUGUUGUUACCGUCGCCGUACUCCGGAUGUACCUCGGUUGGGCUUACGUUGGAAAUCGUCUUCUCAGCGCCACUGUCGAGUAUGAAGAAACUGGGUGGUACGAUGGCCAGAUAUGGGUGAAGACUGCAGAAGUCUUGGCACGAGAUCGCCUUCUUGGUUCAUAUUCAGUCAAACCAGUGUUAAACAGAUUGAAAUUCACACUAGUAGGGUUGGCAGCAUCUUUAGUCUUAUGUGUUGUCCUGUUUCUCAACAUUGAUAACAUUGAAAGCUGCCAGAAGAAUUCUUACUUCUCUUCUGAUGAAGCUGGUGGAAGGGCUGUACCUGGAGUUUACAAUGAUGAAUCUGCUAGAUCAUUUGAGCCAGAUGCUUUCUGUGGUGAGCCUGACCUUGAUUCUUAAACAUUGUCUCUUAAAUCUCUGUACAGUUUCAUACUUUUUAUCCUUAUCUUGUACCACCUGUCAAUCACCUAAGGCUUCUGUAAGUUAGAAUUUGGAAGGUUGAUACACCUUAAACACUUGUGCUUAGCUUGUAGUACUUGGAGCAUUAUAAGCUUGGUAAUUGUUGAUA